AUGGACCAACAAUACCUGAAGUCUCCGUCGUCUUACCGACUGGCCAGUAUGGCCCAGAACAUAUACGAGAUGCCCUUCAUUGCGCUGGACAAUACCCACGACUCCCACCCGUCACUGGGUCACUUGGUCCUCCUCGUCUUCGAGGCCGUUCUUGAGGUCGUGUGCGUGAGCUUGCCCGGCUAUGUCAUUGCUCGCCUUGGCCACUUCGAUGCCGACAAGCAAAAGUUCCUCGCCAACCUCAAUGUCAUGCUCUUUACUCCUUGCCUUAUCUUUACGAAGCUUGCGUCGCAGCUGAACGCUGACAAGCUGCUUGACCUUGCCGUCAUCCCCAUCAUCUUUGUCAUCCAGACCCUGGUCUCAUGGCUCGUCGCAACUGUCGUCGCCCGUCUGUUCGGGUUCAACCGCCGCGCCUCCAACUUUGUUACGGCCAUGGGAGUCUUUGGCAACUCGAACUCGCUGCCCAUUUCCAUGGUCCUGUCACUUUCUCAGACGAUCAAGGGUUUACAUUGGGACAGGAUCCCCGGGGACAACGACGACGAAGUGGGAGCCCGCGGCAUCUUGUACCUUCUCAUCUUCCAGCAGCUCGGUCAGCUGGUGCGCUGGAGUUGGGGCUACCAUGUUCUUCUCGCUCCCAAGGACAAGUACCCUGAAUACCAGGACGAGCGCGUCGAGGAGGGCCAGUACGACGGAGACAGAGAGACGGCCCCUCUCCUCAACGAGUAUGACGACGAUGACACUGCCGCCUCACGCAGCCACUCCAGCAGCGACUUGUCCAACUACGAGCCCGCCGGUCGCACUCCCGUGGCCACGAGGUCGAGAGCGUCACCCGCGGAUACCGAGGACGAGGACGACGACUAUCUUCCCAAGAAGCCCAUGAAGAACAACGGUUUGGCGCCCCUCAACGGCAAUCACCCCGUUUUCAACGACAGCGGCGACGAGAUAUCAUCUUUCCCUCGAAUUCGUAACACGGAUGAACCCGAUAUUCCCGAGGGGAUCAAGGGCUACCCUGCCCGCAUCAAGAACGCCGUCAACACUGCAACUACCCAGACCACCAAGUCGAUCUCCGGCUUCUUUGCGAGAAUCUACAACAGCCUUCCUGCGCCCGUCAAGACGAUGCUGUCCGCCUUGAGCCGAUUUGCUGGAAAGUUCAACAACUUUAUGUGGGAGUUCAUGAACCCGCCUCUGUGGGCCAUGCUCAGCGCCGUCGUGGUUGCGUCCGUCCCUGCUCUCCAGAAGAUCUUUUUCGAGGAUGGUUCAUUCAUCAAGAACAGUUUCACUGACGCUGUCCAAUCGAGCGGCGGCGUCGCCGUGCCUCUGAUUCUGGUAGUACUCGGAGCCAACCUGGCUCGAAACACGCAGAAGAGUGAGAAGCUGCGGGACCCCGAGGAGGACCAGAUCGGCACGAAGCUCCUGGUUGCUUCCCUGAUGUGUCGCAUGCUUCUGCCGACUCUCAUUAUGACCCCUAUUUUGGCCAUCUUCGCCAAGUAUGUGCCGGUCAGCAUUCUCGACGACCCCAUCUUCGUCAUCGUCUGCUUCUUGUUGACGGGUGCGCCGAGCGCUCUUCAACUGGCACAGAUUUGCCAGAUUAACGAGGUGUACGAGGGCGUCAUGUCCCGUAUCCUCUUCCAGAGCUACGUCAUCUGGAUUCUCCCAUCAACCUUGGUGCUCGUCAUGUGCGCUCUGGAGGUCGUGGAAUGGGCUGCUUGA